AUGGAUGAAAUGGUUGAUAGAGGAAACAAGACCUCUAUAGAUGAACACAAUUGUUUGAGUUGGCUUGAUUCUAUGAAGCCUAAAUCGGUCAUUUAUGCUUGUUUUGGUAGCCUUUGUCAAAUUUCAUUUUUGCAAAUGAAGGAAAUUGGAUUAGGGUUGGAGUCAUCAAAUGUGCCUUUCAUUUGGAUAAUUAGAAAGGUAAAUUUGACAUCACAAGUUGAAAAAUGGCUAAGGGAUGAAAAUUUUGAAAAAAGGGUUAAAGGAAGAGGAAUGAUAAUUCGAGGUUGGGCCCCACAAGUUUUAAUAUUAUCUCAUUCAUCUAUUGGAGGAUUCUUAACGCAUUGUGGAUGGAAUUCGACUCUGGAAGGAACUUCUUGUGGCGUACCAAUGAUUACUUUUCCUAUGUUUGCCGAGCAAUUUUACAAUGAGAAAUUCAUUGUAAAUGUUUUGAAGAUUGGGGUUCGAGUUGGGGUUGAAGUGAGUAUUAAUUCUUGGAAUGAAGAGAAGAAUGGUGUGUUGGUUAAUAAGGAUCAAGUGAAAGAAGCAAUAGAUCAACUAAUGGAUAAAGGAUUAGAGAGUGAAGAAAGAAGAAAAAGAGCAAAGGAAUUGGCACACAUGUCAAAAAAGGCAAUAAAAGAAGAAGGAUCUUCCUUCUUGAAUACCAAGUUGCUUAUUGAAGAUGUCAUGCAACUCGAGGCGUAUCCAAGUUGA